AUGGCACAAGGCUCUGGUUCCUACUAUGAUGACUAUAUGCGCAGCAAUGCCAUGCUCAAGCACUGCAACGAGAAGAGCACCAAGAAGCUAUUGACGGAUCGCAACGCUUACAUCUCGUUCCUGGAGGUGCAACUGGAACGCGUAUCGGCCGCUUGUUUAACCACACAGACGUUCGAGAAGCGCCUGGCAGAGCUGGAGAGUGCGCAGAUGGCCAACGACCAGAAGCUCGGGUCGCUUUCUAAGGUUUUUAGACUCAAUCAGGAGUACGUAGAGCAGAUAUCACAACAGGCACAAAGUGAACUCGCAGGACACGCAGCCAAAGUGGACGCCUGGAUGGAGAAAUUCUCGGUCGAGUUGGAGCGACAACAACCGCGUAUGGCCACGCUGGAAGAACAAUUCCGACAAUGCCAAGAGUAUUUGCCACGACUGGUGGAAACUAAUGAUGCAGCACUCGAUGGUGUUAGGCACCAGGUCCAGCAAGAGAUCGAGGAGUUAAAGGCACAAGUGUUUGCACUUGAGACUCGAAUCGAAGACAUUCACUCGAGUCAAGCAGCGACAGAGCGAAAGGUGGAAAAUCUGGCAACACACAAACUCGAUAAGGAGUUGGCACUUGUACGGUCGUCUGUGUCGGAGAAGAGCUUUCAACUGGAGAGAACGGUGGCUCAACUGAGCAAGGAUUUGGAGCAGUUAGUGCACCAAAUUGACGCGUCUUGGCGAGCUGAAGCGUCGGAGACAGCAGAUCGAUAUGAAGCGUGUACUGGUGAGCUACAGCAACGACUCAAUCAACUUCAACAGGAUCUCGAACGCGGACACUCAGAAGUCAAGGACGUGCUGAAGAAAUGCCUUGACACUCAGCACCUUCUAAGUGGAACUGUGGUGGCACUUCAGUCCGAAGUUGAUGGAGUGAAGGAAGCUGCUGCCUCCCACAAGAACAAUGAGAUCAUGUCGACUGCGAUGGAAGACCUACGAGAGAAGCAGAUCACGCUGAAGAAUGCGUUGCAACUCUUGCAGGCUUGUGCUCUUGAAGCUCAACAGGCAAACGAAGAUCGAUGUAGCAAGUUAGCUGACAGAGUGGCCGCUGCUGAAGAUUCAUUUGAGACUCGGACCGACGAUUUGCGGAGGCGAAUGCUCGCUGCACUGGAAGAUGUUGGAGACAAACUUCAUCAAGAUGCAGAUGCUACCACAGAAAACACGCUUCUGGCAGCACGGAAGGAGACUGAGUCUCAAAUCGGACACGUAAUGGAAUUUUCGACCACACUAGAGAACCGUCUACGCAUUUUGGAGUACACUGUUUUGUCACUAGAGACGAAAGUGCAGCGAAGUCGAGCAAUCUCAGAAGAGUUAGGUCAGGUCGGAGGCUCCCCACCCGAGAUUGCCGUCAACUCCAGGAAACAGCUAUCAGAUCUUGAUGUGAUUAGCCCAGGACAUAAGAUGCAAGAGCGAUCAUUUGACGAGCAUUUCUACCAACAAAGAAUCCGAGAGCUCGAAGAACGGCUGCACCGAAAAGCUCAAAUUGAAGAAGAGCAACGUCUUCUGUUUCCUGAGCGUGAAUACUCAUCCAAAUCCUCCAUUGCGUCUUCCGGAUACAUUUCCAGCUUUGCAACGGACGAUCUGCCACGACGGACUCACUCUAUGCUGAAAAAGGUGCAUGUAUAA